UUCGGCACUAAAUGUAAACAGAACGGGUUAUUUAUUUGUUAUUUUAAAACAUAAAUGGAAGAAAGUGAUAAAAUACUUUUACCACAUCAUGAGCAGCAGUCGCUGUGCGAAACAAGACUGCCGUACAGGCAGGGAAGGAAAUUAACAGCUGUUAAGGUAUAUUCAAUAACCAAAGAAUCAAACCAUCUGCUCAUAUUUGGUGUACCAUCACUUAAUCUACGACAAGAAACAAAAGCACUAUUCAUAAAAUUUGGAAAAUUGUUACAAUUCAAUAUAUCGACACAACACACUUCCGAACCAUUCACUGAAACAUAUCAUGCUCAAUACGAGAAGACACAACCUGCAAGAAUAGCCAAGAAAAUGCUGGAUACUAAAAACUUUUAUGGUGGUAUAUUACAUGUUUGUUAUGCACCAGAAUUCGAAACGGUUGAAGAAACUCGACAGAAGCUUAUACAACGUCAACGUGAUGUCGUUUUUAGGUUGAAGAAUCUAGAAAAAGACAAGAAUGAACCUCCUAAGCCACAAAUGUUAAUUUCAAAUGUCGUAGUAAAUGAACCAAAAAAAUUAAACAUGGGAAAUAUUAAUACAAUAAGCUUAGGGAAAGAAAUAAAAGAAGUUAAGAAGAAAAGAAAUAAAAAAUUUAAGCCGAAUCAUGAAGAAAUUCAUACAACAAAGAAUAAAACAAUCAUAGAAUGUGUACGUACCAACGAUGAAUCCGUUAGCAAUGUCAGUAACACAGAAAGUAUUGAAAUUGUAGACUGUACGAAUAUUGAUACAGAAGUAAUUACAAAUAUAAAUGAAAGUUUAAAUUACAACAAGUUUGGUACAGAAAUUAUAAGAAAGAUUCCAGAAAAACCAUUAAAUAAAAUACAAUUUCAUAUAAACAAAAAGUCAUAGAAUA